AUGCCGCGAGUACGGGCGGCGAAGAAGCCCCCUGCAGAUGGCCCAGCGCCCGCCUCCGUUCCCGAUGCCCCUAUGGCAGCGAAGAGACCACCCCCCAAGCGGCGCGUCAACUCGGACACCGCUGCGAUGCCCCCCACUCCUCCCCAAACGACCCACAAGCGCAAGCGUCGCUCCCGAUCUCGCGUCACCGACUCUUCAUCUGAAGAAUCCGACCAAGAGGUCCCAGAGCCCGAGUCGGAUGGCGAGGAGGAGCGGCGGAGCAAGGCAGGCGAGGUCGCCGUAGGCCACAAGAAGCGGCGCACCCUCACCCUCGAUGCGAUUGCGGAGGAGCUCACCGACGCGAAGGCGGCCGAGGACGCGUUCUGGAUGGGGGAGUCGAGCGCGAAGCCCUCCUCAUCCAGUCAACCACCCCGCAAGGGGCUCAAGAAUCGCGCCCCCACGCGUCCCCGCGGCCGCUCUCGCACUCGGUCGCCUUCCUCGUCCCCUCCCCCUGCGCCGUACAUGCUCCAGAAGGGACACAGUGGGCUGAUGUCCCCGCCGCCAUCGCGGCGCGCGCCUAUCGUCCCUCCUCGACCAGCCACGCCUCCCCCACCACGCGAGGAGAAGGAAAAGGGGAAGGAGCUUCCGGUGCGGGACUCGCCCAACAACCCGUUCCUCAAUAACGAGUCCCCGGCUCCCAUCCCCACGAGCGAGGAUCUGAGCCCCCCUGAGCCACGUACCCCCAAGAAACACGCUGAAAAGCCUGUGUUGGCUUAUGUCUUCCGAGGGACUCGGAUGUACAUGGCGAAUCCGCAUCUAGUACCAGAGGAAGUGGCGGCUGAAGUUGAGGCGCGCGACAACCUCCCGGUUGACCACCCCGAGUAUGUUCCCUCUGAGGCGUGUCCCCCGAAGCUCCUCUUCCCCGGCACUCGCAAAGCAGACCUUAACCGCCGGCGGGCCCGUGCGGCAGUCCCAGAACCAGCCUCUCCCACUCCCGCGGCCGGUGUCCGCAGAGCUGGUUCGACUUCCAGCGACGGCAGCCGUGCUGCCGGACCUUCCAACGCGGUACCCGAAGUGGACGAUGGCGCCAUGGCUGCUGCUAUGGCCAAGCGAAUCAACGCCCGCAUGCGCAAGGGUGUUUUCGCUGACGGCGAGGCCCCUCGGACCAGGUCAAGCAGCCGUGACAGCAGCGUCCAUCCCAAGCUCCCGGAGAAGGACCGCAGCGAUCCCGUGAAGCGGGCGUUGGGUCCCGUCCGCAAGUGA